GGUGCAUUUGUCAUUUCGUAGGCAGCAGAUAAAUUCCGGAUUCCUGAUCCUGAACGCCAAAACGAAGAGGAGAGAGAGAGAGAGGCUCACAAUUUUGUUUCCGUUUCGCAGCGAAGCAUUGGAAAUAACCCGAAAGGAAAUCCAUCGUAUCAUCAAAUGUCACGAGUGAAAUGGAAUGAAGAUAAUUUAGCAGAAAUUGAGGCAAAUAAACCUGUAAGGCAGAAAAUAACCGAACCAAAGACACCGUACCAUCCCAUGAUUGAUGAUGAAGAUGAUGGUGAUUCAUCAUCUCCUUCGAGAAGAGGAGGUUUUGGGGAUUAUUUUGAAGAUGCAAUGAAUAUACUAGCGACAUCUUCUUCAUUGAAUGAUGUAGGCUCCUCUAGUAAAACUGGCUCACAUCACUCAGGCUGGACAUCAUCUGAUGAUGACACAGAUGCAAUGGAUCAAGGUGAAGAAGAUUCUGAUUCUGAGAGGCGCAGAAGCUUUAAGGAGCACAGGAAAGAUCACUAUGACGAGUUUCUCAAAAUUAAAGAGUUGCGUCGAAAUGGAUCCCAACUCGAAGAUGAGUCUGAUGAUGAAUCCUCAAUAACUGCUGGUGUGAAAGACAUUGAUAUUAAGGAAUCAUCGCGACCUGCAAAUGGAUCUUAAUAUCUUCUUUGGAUACUUGCUGGUACUUUAAACUCAUACAUUCUGUUUCUCAACUUGUAACAUGGUCACUUCAUUAAGCUUUAGUUUUCUAAGCAAAAUUAUUAAUCUGUGUUGGUUGAAAGUUCCAGAACUUCUCGUUUGUAAUAUGUUCGUUGAGCCCUUUGAGAUGUUUAAUACGACAAGGACGAGUUAUUGAUGUAGGGCUAAAACAUUUGAUAUUGAAGAUUUGAUUAUGCUAUAUAUUAUUAUGAGGGGUGAUGAGGGAAAUCUACUGCCUCUAUCUUCGGUGACUCGGGAAGUCUACUACUUCGGGUGACGAAUUAGAUUGAUAAGAGAUAUGAUUAGAUAUUCGAAGGAUAAUAUAACCAAACAAGCUCAAAAUAUAUUUUAUUAAAUAUAUGUUGAUUAUUAUUUAUAAAUCUCUAACUAAGUUAUUAAAUUUAAUUCAUCAGCAUCCGGUGCCGACCUAAAGAGGGGCAACACGAUUUUGGGUGCCAAAAUUUUGUAGUUGUGUACAUUUUUAGGUGGAAUUUUAUGUAUUCGUUUAGUGUAGAAAGUAAGAUGUAUUCGAAAAGAAAACAAGAUAGGGUUGCGACUUGCGAAUUAGUUGAGUGUGGGCGGCAUGGUGAACAUAGAGUAGCCAAAUUUUUUAGAACUUCAAUUUUUUUUCAUAGUGCCAUAAAAAAAAAAUUGGAUGCAUUUUUUAUUUUUAUUUUCUGAUACGUAAAUGAAAAAUAGAACGUUAGACAUUUUGGUCAUACUUUAUAAUUAUAAUAAUAUAAUUUGUGCUGUUAUAAAGUUGGAAUAUGAUAUGACACAAAAUCUGGUGCAUCCAUCUCAAGAUACGCUUUGUAGAAAACAAAAUAGGUUGGGGAAUGGAUAAGGAGGAGAAAGACAGUUGAGUUGAAUGGCUAAAGUCGAGGCUUCCGAAUCAGCGGCUCUGGCCGCCCAAAUCUGCAAUCAAGUUUCUUCCGUCUUUGCGAGCCCCACCUCCUCCCCACCGGCCCUGAGCACAGUGGUGGAGGAAAUCUGGGCGGCGUGGAAGCGCGGCGGAAAAAUCAUGGUGUACGGCGUGGGGCGCGAAGGGCUAAUGAUGAAGGCCCUGUGCAUGAGGCUAUUCCACUUGGGGCUCUCCGCCCACUGCGUCUUCGACAUGACCACUCCUCCCAUCGCGCCGCCGGACCUCCUGAUCGCCUCCGCCGGGCCGGGAGGUUUCUCGACCGUGGACGCCAUAUGCGGCGUGGGCAGGAGCGCCGGCGCUCGGGUGCUGCUCCUGACGGCUCAGCCCUCAUGGGUGAAGUGCGGCAGCGUGAGCGUGGUGGCGCAUAUUCCGGCGCAGACUAUGGCAGACGCGGAGCAGGACCUGGCCCUGCUGCCGAUGGGGAGCGUGUAUGAGGGAGCCAUGUUUGUGCUGUUUGAGAUGGUGGUUUACAAGUUGGCUCAGCUGUUGGGUCAGAGCCCCCAUCAGAUAACUGCUCGCCACACCAAUUUGGAGUAAAUGUAAUUUGGGUCAGAGCCCCCAUCAGAUAACUUCUCAUUACAACCCCUUUUCUUGUUACCCAUUGUAAUCAUAACCCUUCAUUACCAUACUGUACGUUUUCGUUCAAAUUAAUCAAUUUCUUUCUCUCCACAGCUUA